AUGGAUACAACAAUUCCUUAUGGGUCAAACACGUCCAUUGAGAAGCAAUUCCAAAGUGAGUUUACUAAGGCCAAAUUCAAGGAAAUUCAAGUGGAAUUCAGAUCUAAAAUGAAUUGUUCUGCCUCGUUAAAUAGCAUGGAAGGUUGUUUUGCUACAUAUCAUGUGUUGGAGGAGAUAUUAGUUGGAGACAUACACAAAGAACGAGUCUUAAAAGUUGUGCUUAAUAAGGAAAACCAUGAUUUCAAAUAUGAAUGCUCACUAUUUGAGUUUAGAAUGUGUCGACAUGUGUUAUCCGUGUGUAGUCAAGAGAGGAUUAUAAGUCUUCCAGAGAAGUAUGUUUUAACGAGAUGGAAGAACAACAUUAAAAGGAAGCAUUCAUAUAUCAAGACUAGUUAUGAUCUAACAGAGUUGAAGCCACAAAUGGAUAGGUUUGAUAAAUUAUGCAAGAAUUUUUAUAAGGUUGCUGAACUAGCCGCUGAGUCAGAAGAGACUACCGAAGACCUUAAUGAAACAUUAAAUUUGUUUAGCUCUAAUAUGUCCACAAAGGAUAGUGCAUUUAUUGAAGAAAACCUCAACGAUGAUUUUAAUCCAAUCAAUAGUAAUAGCAUUCGCAGUCCAAAACAUGUCAAGCGCAAAAGCCGUCCUCCAUCUAAAAGAAAAACAUUUGUCGCUGAAACGAUUGCUAAGAGGUCAAGGAAGCAAACAAAAAAAGUGAUCACAUUGAGCUUACUAUAG